UACUAAUACCGAGUACAUUUAACACACUAGAUUGUUUUUCUUUUUUGUUGUGCGGUGCGAAAAUUUGUUGUUUACCUGGCAGGAAAAUUAAGGUUAAGCGGAAAAUUGCCUAAAUUGAAAAAAUUAAGCCGCAACAAUAUUCACUCGCAACAGAAAGCAAUAAAAUAGCAAUUUGACCAACCACCGACUCAUAAUGAGCUUCCCACUGACGAAUCCCAACAAGGAGACCAUCCGCGCAGCAUGCAAGAAAUGUGGAUAUGCAGGGCAUUUAACCUACCAGUGCCGCAACUUUUUAAAGGUUGACCCCAAUAAGGAAAUUGUGCUUGACGUUUCCAGCACUAGCUCCGAUUCCGAGCUGGACUAUCUAACACCAUUGACUGAGUUGCGCAUGAAGGAAUUAAAGGAGAAAGAAGCCGAACUACAAAAAACCAAGAGCGAAAAAAGUCACAAAAAAUCCAAGUCCAAGAAAAAGUCAAAGAAAUCGUCAUCUUCCAGAAAACGCAAAAGGAAUAAAAGUCGCGGUAAAAGUAAGAAACAUAAAAAACACAAAGAAUCCUCAGCUUCAAGUGAAAGUAGUAGUAGCAGCAGCAGUAGUAGUAGUACAGAUUCCAGUACCGAAGACUCGGACACCGAAUCAGAUUCCAGCGACAAUGAAGAAUCGCCCACUAGCAGUGACGACGAUGAGUAUGGCCGCAAGAAAAACAAGCAGGGAAAGUACAAGCGUAAAGCUGAAACACCUGCUAUGCGGCGUAAAAAGUCGCGUGUGAAGCGCAAGAAGCAUCGUGCUUCAGCGCGGCCUUCCAGCAGUGAUGAAGAUGAGACAAGCUCCGAUUAAAAUGGGUUGUGUGACAUUGUGAGAUAAUGAGAUUAACUGGCUUGAUUUUAAGGAUACGCAAGCAACAUUACAUGGCUGAUUUCCUGCUCCACAAUCAGUUCAUACAUAUAUAAUAAAUUGUUGGAAUAUAAACAUAUGUAACAUAUAAAGCUAAUUUUAUUUCUUAAGCCAUUUGAAGGCGAUAAAUGAUUCUAAAACUGCUGUGUGACUUUA